AUGAGACGGGAUGUUCGAAAUUCCAAAGAGCUAGAGCAAGUGCGCAAACGUGGCUAUUUCUUUGACCACCUGGAGCGAUUAGACCCUGUUUUCUUUGGAAUAUCCCCGAAGGAAGCCGAGCAAAUGGAACCCCAACAAAGAAUGCUUGAGGUUAUUUGGGAGGCGCUGGAACAAGCUGGGAUCUCUUCCAAAAGCCUGUCGGGUUCAGAUGCUGGUGUUUUCAUUGGGGUAAACUCUGAUGACUAUUCUCGCUUGCUACUCGAAAACCUCCCAGGCCUGGAACCGUGGAUGAAUUGGCAUAGCGUACUGCGGCGUCCCAAACCGUGUCUUACUAACUUACCUUGA